CCAACAUGGCGGUGGACUCAGCCAUGGAACUGUUAUUCUUAGAUACUUUUAAGCACCCGAGCGCGGAGCAAAGUUCUCAUAUAGACGUGGUUCGUUUUCCGUGCGUGGUUUACAUCAACGAAGUUCGAGUGAUACCGCCAGGAGUAAGGGCUCACAGCAACCUGCCAGACAGUAGAGCUUAUGGGGAGACAUCUCCGCACACGUUUCAGUUAGACUUAUUUUUUAACAAUGUAAGCAAACCAAGUGCCCCGGUUUUUGAUAGGUUGGGAAGCCUGGAAUAUGAUGAGAAUACUUCUAUUAUCUUUAGACCCAACUCAAAGGUGAACACAGAUGGUUUGGUGCUCAGAGGCUGGUAUAACUGCCUGACACUGGCAAUUUAUGGCUCAGUGGACAGAGUGAUAAGUCAUGACCGAGACUCUCCACCUCCACCUCCUCCACCGCCGCCACCUCCACAGCCACAGCCAAGUUUGAAGAGGAAUCCAAAACAUGCUGAUGGAGAGAAGGAAGAUCAGUUUAAUGGAAGCCCCCCAAGACCACAACCAAGGGGACCAAGAACUCCUCCGGGACCACCUCCACCUGAUGAUGAUGAAGAUGAUCCAGUGCCUUUGCCAGUAUCUGGAGACAAAGAAGAAGAUGCUACUCAUCGAGAGGAUUACUUUGAGCCCAUUUCUCCUGACCGGAAUUCUGUGCCCCAAGAAGGUCAGUACUCUGAUGAAGGAGAAGUAGAAGAGGAGCAGCAAGAUGAAGGGGAAGAUGAUGAAGAUGAUGUCGACGUAGAGGAAGAAGACGAUGAGGAUGAGGAUGAUCGUCAUACUGUAGACAGUCUCCCCGAGGAAGAGGAAGAUGAUGAUGAGGAGGAAGGUGAAGAGGAUGAAGAAGGUGAAGGGGAUGAUGGUUAUGAGCAAAUUUCCAGCGAUGAAGAUGGAAUUGCUGACUUAGAACGUGAAACUUUUAAGUAUCCGAACUUUGAUGUUGAAUACACUGCUGAAGACUUAGCGUCUGUUCCUCCUAUGACUUAUGACCCGUACGACCGAGAACUCGUCCCACUCUUAUACUUCAGCUGCCCAUACAAGACUACUUUUGAAAUUGAAAUGAGUAGAAUGAAAGAUCAAGGUCCAGAUAAAGAAAACUCAGGAGCAGUUGAAGCCUCGGUGAAGUUAACGGAACUGUUAGAUUUGUAUCAAGAAGAUAGAGGUGCAAAAUGGGUGACUGCGUUAGAAGAAAUUCCAAGCUUAAUAAUAAAGGGACUAAGUUAUUUGCAGUUGAAGAAUACGAAGCAAGACUCCUUGGGUCAACUGGUAGACUGGACAAUGCAAGCUUUAAACUUGCAAGUAGCUCUUCGGCAGCCCAUUGCCUUAAAUGUCAGACAGCUCAAAGCUGGAACCAAAUUAGUGUCUUCGUUAGCAGAGUGUGGGGCUCCGGGUGUUGUAGAACUGCUGCAAGCAGGAGUGAUCAAUGGAUUAUUUGAGCUCCUGUUUGCUGAUCACGUUUCCUCUUCCCUUAAAUUAAAUGCUUUUAAAGCUUUGGACAGUGUCAUUAGCAUGACCGAAGGAAUGGAAGCUUUUUUAAGAGGUAGGCAGAGUGAAAAAAGUGGCUAUCAGAAGCUGCUGGAGCUCAUACUUUUGGAUCAGACUGUCAGAGUCGUCACUGCGGGAUCAGCUAUCCUUCAGAAGUGCCAUUUCUAUGAAAUCCUGUCCGAGAUUAAAAGACUCGGUGACCAUUUGGCAGAGAAGACUAAUUCUGUGCCAAACCACAGUGAGCCUGAUCAUGACACGGACGCUGGGCUUGAGAGGACAAACCCGGAGUACGAAAAUGAGGUAGAGACCUCAAUGGACAUGGACCUUUUGGAAUCCUCAAAUAUAAGUGAAGGAGAAAUUGAAAAGCUGAUUAAUCUCCUAGAAGAAGUUUUCCACUUAAUGGAAACUGCACCUCACACGAUGGUCCAGCCUCCCGUUAAAUCUUUUCCAACCAUGGCACGGAUUACUGGACCUCCAGAGAGGGAUGAUCCCUAUCCUGUUCUCUUCAGGUAUCUUCACAGUCAGCACUUUCUGGAGUUGGUCACCUUGCUUCUGUCCAUACCCAUCACCAGUGCCCACCCUGGUGUGCUGCAAGCCACCAAAGACGUCUUAAAGUUCCUCGCACAGUCACAAAAGGGUCUUCUUUUUUUCAUGUCUGAAUAUGAAGCCACAAACUUGUUGAUCCGAGCACUUUGCCACCUUUAUGAUCAAGACGAAGAGGAAGGACUUCAGUCUGAGGGUGUUAUCGACGAUGCGUUUGCUUUGUGGCUGCAGGACUCAACACAGACCUUGCAGUGUAUCACAGAACUGUUCAGCCAUUUUCAGCGCUGUACGGCCAGGGAGGAAACGGACCAUUCCGAUCUUCUGGGAACCCUUCACAAUCUUUAUUUGAUUACUUUUAAUCCUGUGGGAAGAUCAGCCGUUGGCCAUGUUUUCAGUCUUGAGAAAAAUCUCCAAAGCCUUAUUACUCUAAUGGAGUAUUAUUCCAAAGAAGCCUUAGGUGACUCCAAGUCUAAGAAGUCAGUAGCAUAUAAUUACGCAUGCAUACUUAUUCUGGUGGUGGUUCAGUCGUCCAGUGAUGUACAAAUGCUAGAACAGCACGCAGCGUCUCUCUUGAAGCUUUGUAAAGCAGAUGAAAAUAAUGCCAAAUUGCAAGAACUUGGCAAGUGGCUUGAACCUCUGAAAAAUGUUAGAUUUGAAAUAAACUGCAUCCAAAACCUUAUUGAAUAUGUUAAACAGAAUAUAGAUAACUUGAUGACCCCAGAGGGAGUUGGCCUUACCACUGCCCUGCGUGUUCUCUGUAACGUGGCAUGCCCACCGCCGCCAGUCGAAGGUCAACAGAAGGAUCUGAAAUGGAAUCUGGCUGUUAUUCAGCUUUUUUCUGCUGAAGGAAUGGACACCUUCAUUCGGGUUCUGCAAAAAUUGAACACUAUUCUGACCCAGCCGUGGAGGCUCCAUGUCAACAUGGGUACAACCCUUCACAGAGUCACUACCAUUUCUAUGGCCCGCUGCACCCUCACUCUUCUUAAAACCAUGUUAACGGAACUCUUGAGAGGUGGAUCCUUUGAGUUCAAGGACAUGCGUGUUCCCUCAGCACUUGUGACAUUACACAUGCUCCUGUGCUCUAUCCCUCUCUCAGGUCGUUUGGACAGUGAUGAGCAGAAAAUUCAGAAUGAUAUCAUUGAUAUUUUACUGACUUUCACGCAGGGAGUUAAUGAGAAACUCACCAUCUCGGAAGAAACUCUGGCCAAUAAUACUUGGUCCUUAAUGUUGAAGGAAGUUCUUUCUUCAAUCCUCAAGGUUCCUGAAGGAUUUUUUUCGGGACUCAUACUUCUUUCAGAGCUGCUGCCUCUACCAUUGCCCAUGCAAACAACUCAGGUAAUUGAGCCACACGAUAUAUCAGUUGCACUCAACACCCGAAAAUUGUGGAGCAUGCACCUUCAUGUUCAAGCAAAGUUGCUCCAAGAAAUAGUUCGCUCUUUCUCUGGCACCACCUGCCAGCCCAUUCAGCAUAUGUUGCGGCGUAUUUGUGUUCAAUUAUGUGACCUUGCCUCACCAACUGCACUUCUGAUUAUGAGAACUGUGUUGGAUUUGAUUGUAGAAGAUUUACAAAGCACUUCAGAAGAUAAAGAAAAACAGUAUACCAGCCAAACUACCAGGUUGCUUGCUCUUCUUGAUGCUCUGGCUUCACACAAAGCAUGUAAAUUAGCUAUUUUGCAUCUAAUUAAUGGAACUAUUAAAGGUGACGAGAGAUAUGGAGAUAUAUUCCAGGAUCUUCUAAUGUUGGUUCGAUCUCCUGGAGACAGUGUCACUCACCAGCAGUGUGUUGAAUAUAUCACAUCCAUUUUGCAGUCUCUCUGUGAUCAGGACAUUGCACUUAUUUUGCCGAAUUCCUCUGAGAGUUCUCUUUCUGACCUGGAACAACUCUCCAAUUCUCUCCCAAACAAAGAAUUGAUGGCCUCAAUUUGUGACUGUCUGUUGACCAUGCUAGCUAAUUCCGAGAGCAGUUACAACUGUUUGCUGACAUGUGUCAGAACUAUGAUGUUUCUUGCAGAGCAUGAUUACGGAUUAUUCCAUUUAAAGAGUUCUUUAAGGAAAAACAGUAGUGCUUUGCAUAGUUUACUGAAACGAGUGAUCAGCACAUUUAGUAAAGAUACUGGUGAACUUGCCUCCUCGUUUUUGGAAUUUAUGCGACAGAUUCUUAACUCUGACACAAUGGGAUGUUGUGGAGAUGACAGUGGUCUCAUGGAAGCAGAGGGAGCUCAUCCAUCACGGACGAUGAGUAUUAAUGCUGCAGAGUUAAAACAGCUUCUACAAAGCAAAGAAGAAAGUCCAGAAAAUUUGUUCCUUGAACUAGAGAAGCUUGUUUUGGAACAUUCCAAAGAGGAUGAUAACCUGGACUCUCUGCUGGACAAUGUCAUUGGACUGAAGCAGAUGCUGGAGUCGUCCGGGGAUCCUCUGCCUCUUAGUGACCAGGAUGUAGAACCAGUACUUUCAGCUCCAGAAUCUCUCCAGAAUCUGUUUAACAAUAGGACUGCAUAUGUGCUAGCUGAUGUCAUGGAUGAUCAGUUGAAAUCUAUGUGGUUCACUCCAUUUCAGGCUGAAGAGAUUGAUACAGAUCUGGAUUUGGUAAAAGUUGACUUGAUCGAGCUUUCUGAGAAAUGCUGCACCGACUUUGACUUGCACUCCGAAUUAGAGCGCUCCUUUUUGUCAGAACCAUCCUCUCCAGGACGAACCAAGACGACUAAAGGAUUCAAACUGGGGAAACACAAGCAUGAGACCUUUAUAACUUCAAGUGGAAAAUCUGAAUAUAUUGAGCCUGCCAAACGGGCGCAUGUUGUGCCCCCACCCAGAGGAAGGGGCAGAGGAGGAUUUGGGCAGGGGAUCCGGCCCCAUGACAUCUUCCGGCAGAGAAAACAGAACACAAGCAGACCGCCUUCGAUGCACGUGGAUGACUUUGUUGCCGCAGAGAGUAAAGAAGUGGUCCCUCAAGAUGGAAUCCCCCCACCAAAGCGGCCCCUCAAAGUUUCACAGAAGAUUUCUUCUCGGGGUGGAUUUUCAGGCAACCGAGGAGGACGUGGUGCCUUUCACAGUCAGAAUAGGUUUUUCACACCACCUGCUUCAAAAGGAAACUACAGUCGCCGGGAAGGCACGCGGGGCUCCAGCUGGAGCGCCCAGAACACUCCCCGAGGAACUUACAACGAGAGCCGAGGAGGCCAGAGCAACUUCAGCCGGGGCCCUCUUCCGCCAUUACGACCGCUCAGUUCUACAGGCUACCGCCCAAGUCCUCGAGACCGAGCUUCCAGGGGCCGCGGGGGACUUGGACCUUCCUGGGCAAGUGCGAACAGUGGCAGUGGAGGCUCCCGAGGGAAGUUUGUCAGUGGAGGCAGUGGCAGAGGUCGCCACGUGCGGUCUUUUACUCGAUAAAAAGACUUGGGAACAUCCAAGCUUAUGAACAUUUAUGGGAUAAUAAAAAUAAGACCUUGGAGGACCAAUGUGGACUUAGCAGUUACCUGGAGACAUCGGAGAGAAUAUUUUUAUUUGAAGAAAGCAGAUUUUGUUUGAUACCUAACAAAAGAUUUCAAUAAAUAUCCAAACUUUGUA